AAAAAUAGUAAGAACGCAGCAAUGCGCUCGGAUCUGUGUGAUAUUUUUCCUCGCCUAAAUGCGCACCUGCGACAAAUACGGAAAGAGCCGAAUUUACCCGAUCUUGCCCCUUGAAGACUGUUACAUUCACAGCAGGGUGUGUGGCCAGAUGACAGUGUGUGUGUGUAGACGAGUUAUUUUGUAUCUGAUUGUGUAAAGACAGUGUUUAUUCGUGGGAACGAGGAGGAAGAGGAGGAGGAGGAGGAGGGCGAGGGUGAGGGUGGGAAGAAGAAUAAGAAGAAGUGUUACGCAGAUUCGCCUCAAAAGUGUCGGUGAAGUCCUGCCCUGUGCUUCCGUUCCCUUUUCCUCUCGGAGUGACUCAGUGUUUCUCUGCUCGCCGGAAUGCCGUUAUCUCUCUGAGCUACGUUCAGCAUGGAUCAGGCUGGCUGCGUGAACCUGUGCAGUCUGACCAGCACGCUGCCGGUGAUCCCGUACCGCAAACUCACCGACCUGCACUACAUCAGCAAAGGCGGCUUUGGCACCGUGUUCCGGGCGCAGCACAGCGACUGGCGCACCACCGUCGCCAUUAAGUGCUUAAAACUGGACUCCCCGGUCGGUGAAAGAGAAAGGAAUUGCUUACUGAAAGAAGCCGAGGUGCUCCACAAGGCCAGGUUCAACCACAUCAUCCAGAUCUUCGGAGUGUGCAACGAGCCCGAGUUCUUCUGCAUCAUCACCGAGUUCAUGACCAAUGGCUCUCUGGAUGAGCUUCUGCAUGAGAAAAGCAUGUAUCCAGUGGUGGCCUGGCCUCUCAGGCUGCGCAUUCUAUACGAAAUAGCUCUAGGAGUUAACUUUCUCCAUAACAUGACUCCACCACUGCUUCAUCACGACCUGAAAACACAGAACAUUCUACUGGAUGGCGAGUACCACGUGAAGAUCGCCGACUUUGGUUUGUCAAAAUGGCGCCAGCUCUCGAUCAGCAAAUGUUCCGGAUCCAAGCCGGCUGAGAUGGGAGGCACCGUCAUCUACAUGCCUCCUGAAGAAUACGAACCUAACAAGACCCGGAGAGCAGACGUCAAGCAGGACAUGUACAGUUAUGCCAUCAUCAUGUGGGAAGUGCUGUCUCGACGGAUACCUUACGAAGAUGCUACCAACCCCAUGCAGAUAAUGUUCAGCGUCCUGCGUGGCUCUCGGCCCGACACUGGAUUGGACAGCCUGCCGGGUGACAUCCCCGGGAGAGAGACGCUCAUCAACCUCAUGUCGUGCGGCUGGACCGCCAAUCCCGACGAGCGCCCUUCUUUCCUCAAGUGUCUUAUCGAACUGGAGCCUCUGCUACGGAGGUUUGAUGAAAUCGAUGUCCUGGAGGCGGUGCUGGAAGUCAAAAGGUCAAAAUUUAUGCGACCGGGGAGCAGCACUUCAACAACAACGACGACGACGAAUGUGAAAAGGACAGAUAAGAGCCUGAAGGAACAAAACACUCCCUGGCCAGAUACCAGCUCUACAUCAGGAUCAGGGUCUUGCUCCUCCCAGGACACGGAUAUCUCCCAACCAGGCUAUCUUACCAUCUCUAAUCCCUCGCAUGCUGGACCGUUGUCAUCUGUUGUGUCCAUACCACUGGACACCCCAAAACCAUUAAUGGACCAGGGCCCCCAGAACAACCUGAAUCCUAAUUAUCAGACAGCCCAGUUUGUCUCGGACUGCUGCAAUCCCCUCAGACCACACGCGCCUCAAAGUGAGAGCAACCUGCCCAUAAACAUUCAGCCUCUCACUCUACAGUCACAUCCACAAGAAUUCCCCCUGCUGUUGGACACCCAUGGCCCGGCAGCACGAUGGAUCAGCUAUCGGCGGGAGGAGGUUGUGCGUCAGAUGACCGAGGCAUGUCUGAACCAGUGCUUGGAUGCACUGCUGGCCCGGGACUUGCUCAUGCGUGAGGACUACGAGCUGGUGGUCAACCAGCAGACUCGCACCGCCAAAGUUCGCAAGCUUCUGGACACGUGCGAGCGCCACAACGAGGAGUUUUGCCGUGUGGUGGUGCGCAAGCUGCAGGACAACAAGCAGAUGGGCCUGCAACCAUUUCCAGACCUUAGUUCCCCGACGCCUCCUCCCCCACCCUACAGUUCUGCCAGUGCUCCACCGCUCACCACCUCCAGCAAUAACAUCCGCAACAUCUUCUGAGCUUUUCAGCUUCCCUCUUAACUGCUCACUUUUGGAAUAGACAGCUGAGGGAUUUUCCUGCGUUGCUGCUUUUUUUUAUUUUUUUUUUAUUUUGUCAUUGGGAAAAUUUUCAGGCCUUGUAUUGGAGUAAUUCCAUUCUCCCUUUGCUGCGGCUGUAGCACUGGACCACUUGUUGUUUUCAUCCCGAUUAUUCUCAAGCUUUUUCACUCUUUGUUGUUGGAGUAGAUGUGUGAAAGAUUGAUGUCAUUUGAGCCAGUGUGUCCAAGUGAUGUUGUCUUGCCCCAGAGGAUCAUUGAGCAAUCCAAAUGACACCACCAUAUCUUCUCGAUUUUUGGUUGAACUGGUCACUUGUGUUUUAGAAAUGUGCAAUUGUUGUGUUUAUAUAUGAAUGACAAAGUGAACCAGGAUCAGUCGGUGAAGUUGCCAGCAUUGUUUUAGCACAGCUUGAUGGAAACUUCUACGUCUUCCUUUUAGUUCAUGUUUUAUUUUUACGAUCAUGCAUCAGUAUGCAGUUUUGUGGAGUUUUAACACCAGUUUACUUUGUGAUAACUGGAUCUUACUUUCGUUUUACACACUGCGUUCACAAGAAUGCUUUGGCAACAGUCAUAAAAUUGGUGGUUUGUUGUAGGUACAUUCAGAUCGGUGUGCCAGAAUAAAGCUAUAUGAUUUUUAGCACCGGAUCUUACAGCUCUGGAUAUAACUGACAACUGAUUCCUCCUUCAACUGAUUAACCUGCAAUCUGUCUUGUAACAUGCACAAUAUCUGAAGCCCCACCCUACUUUCUUCUACGUACUAUGUCCGAGUAUGUUGCAUACAAAAAAACUGAGCAUAGUUUAAACAUAUGCAUGUAGUCCUUCUCUCUUAGCUUCAAAUGCAUCCUUGUGUUCGCAGCCUGCUAAACUUCUUUAGGGUUCUGUUUAAGGCUUUGUUGAUUCCUAUUGUGCAUAAUUUUUGGAGCCAGGUGCGGAUGAUUUGGAUUAUGGUAGUUAACUGAAUUUUACCUAUAUUGUACACUUAUAACAUGUACUAUUAUGAGAGUGCAAUAUACCAUACUUCAGCUGAAAUAGAGAACUGCUAUAAGAAAGGAAUGCUAAACUUGGUAAGCGUAGGUCAUGGAUAUGCUAAGCCAGGGGUGGACAAAUCAUAAUUUAGUCACUAGCCAACCAGCAGGUUAGUGCUCUAAUGUGCUAAAAUAGACCUUGCUGCAGAACCAGGAUUCCUGGGAGUAGACUGGAUUUGAUCCAAGUCCUCUUGCCAGUCAGAUGUGUGGGGAUGUGUGUUUCAGGUUGGAUGAGUGUGUUUGUUCCAUGCUGUAAGCAUCUCCUGGGUUGGGGUUCGGGUUAGGCUUAUAGGAGGAGUUAGAUCAGGUCUACCUCUACCCCUGGAAACUGGUUCUGCAGUGAGCAGCAACCCAAUUUACUGUAACAAUUUGGCAAGCUUAUCUUGCACAUGGGCUAUGGGCGUUAACCAGAUACAUCUUAAUCCUUGAGGAAAAAAUACUUCUUAGCAACAGCCAGGCCACAUUCUCUGAGCUUGUAAAUAGUGCAGCAUUUGGAAGGAUUCGGUAAAAGAGUAGCCAUCAUAUAUAAAACAAAUAUCUAUUGGGUGUGUUAAAACAAACACGUCUAUGAUGAAGUCCAAAACACUUUUCCAAGCCAAAAACGCAGCAGCAAAUCAGACAAAACACAGUCGUUGACACAAAAUAAAAAGGGUCAGAACUUAUUGUUAUUCUAACGUCCCAGAAUUCCACUUUUUCAUGGUUUUCCCCAAGUUGUGUCACCAUCAAGCAUGUGAUGUUCCCUAAGACCCGCCCCUUUACACUAUGAGAUAAUGCUGAUGUGUUUGCUGUUGUUGUUUUUGUUUUUUUUUCCUGCUAGUCUCUUUGUUUUUUUUCUGAUUUUCUGUUGUGUUUUGUUCUUGGAUUGUUGGUUUAGUGAAGUGAGAAGAACCCUGAUGACCCUUCUGAUUAUCAGGCAACUCUAUUAGUAAUUAGUGGUGGGUGAAAAAAAAAAUAUCCAAGUUUCUAAAAAUCUUUAAACAUAUCAUGAUACACUUCUACGGUGAGUAUACAGUAUAUGUAUCAUGAUAUGUAUGUGUACAGCCAGCAAAACAGGUUAAAACCAUAAAAGUUGACAAAAAAAAUUCCAAAAGUUGAAAUGUUGUUGCUAUUAUUAUUAUUAUUAUUAUUAUUAUUUAAAUUUUUAAAGUUAAUAUAAUGCAUAAAAUAUAAUGUAUAAAUAAAAUCAAAUAUUAUUUUUUUAAUAUAAAUUUUUCCACAGUAGCUUUGAUAUCCAUUAUUUAUCACAAUAUUGUCAUCAAAUAUAUCAUGAUAAUAUCCAGUCCUACAGUCAAUGAAAUACAGAUAGCUUGGAUUAGUCUUGUUCUUGUCCCAGGCUUGUGAUUUGUCCACCCUAGAAAUCAACUGGAUGUCUACAGCUACCCUGGCUGAAUCAUUAUCGUAACGCUGAACCCCUGCUACAGGGAAUAUUUAUACUACUGGAUCUCGAGCGUUUAUUUUCAGGUACCUGUGGUGUCCGUUUGUUGCGACACUGUAGAAUGCGGUUGUGUUUACAGCAGCAUUUUUGUUGUUUGUUCUGUUUAACCACAUAACUGGUUUUUGUUGUUUCCUUUGACGUUUAGCUGCUUUUUGUAGCUCUGGGAUGCUUCCAUAUGGUGAUCAACAGCAAUUUCUUUUUGCACUGCAGACAAUGGGGUCACUAAGGCACUUAGCUUUCUAGUUUGUUGGAUAGGUUACACUUUUAAGAAAGGAACACUGGGUUUGGAAACCCUCCUGCUUUGACUUGGCAAUGGUUCUCAUUUCAUUUAGUAUUAAAAGAAGAAGUAUUUGAUUAUUUGCAUGUUAUUAAGCGAUGCACUAGACAGUAUCACGAGUGUGCUUGUGUAUUACGUUCGCAUUAAUAGUUGCAGAGUAUUGUGCCAAUUCGUAGGCGCUGAUCAUGGACGUAGAUCAAGGCGCCAGAAUGUCGCGUCCUGUCCUUUCCAUAGGGUGUAUUUAAAAAAAAAAACAAACCCAACAACAACUCUGUGCCAAACUGAACAUUGCCUUAAUAAUAUAGAUGCUAGGCCUAAAUAAAGAGGACUAUUUUUGUCAUAACAGCAUUACUCCUCUAUUUUGUUGUAUCUCUAAAAGUGCCAUCUGUUGCCUUUUGCCUUUUUUUCUGUAAAAUUAGAUGCUGUCAUGAGAAACCGUGUGCACAUUACAACCAAUGCAUAGCCAAUGUAGCAAUGUACAGGUGUCAGGAAUGCGAUCAAUGUACGUGCUCUAGUAUGAACGUCAUGAGAAACCUCCAGAGAAGUUCUGUGUUAUUAAAAUGUGUAGCUCUCCA